AUAAUAUUUUAUAAUUUAUAGUUUUCAGAUCAACUAUGCCGGAGAAAAGAUCUGGAGACAUGAUGGCCAUGGUUCCCGUGGCUAAAAAGCCAAGAGGAGAAAUGGUUAUUAUUGGGAACCGAUCCAGGGCCAUAAUGGAAGCUGGCCCUGCCAGAACAUCCAACAUGGAGGCCCCAAUCAUGCUACUCACAGGGCACAAGAGUGAGAUAUACACUGGAAAGUUCCAUCCAAGCGGGAACUGGGUGGCUAGCGGAGGCAUGGAACGUCUGCUCUACCUUUGGAACGUUUACGGGGAAUGUGAGAAUGUUAGCAUUAUGUCGGGACAUACGGGACCCAUACUUCAGCUAAAUUUCAGCGGCGAUUAUUAAUAUAUUUGUACAGGUGAGCGUAUAAAGCGGAUGAAAGGACACACUGGAAUGGUUAACAGUGUAGCUGUGGCUAGGAACGAUAAACCUCUUCUUGUAUCUGGGGGAGACGAUUGUCAUGUUAGAGUCUGGGAUAGGAGACAAAGAUUGCCAGUUCACAAUCUGAAUUCAGAUUUCCAGGUUACAGCGGUCAGCUUCAAUGGAGAUUCAACUCAGGUUAUUUCUGGGGGGAUUGAUAAUGAUAUCAAGAUUUGGGAUCUACGUAAAGCUGAACUGCAGACCAGUAUUGCUGGGCAUAUGGAUACUGUUACAGGAUUAUCCCUGAGUCCUGAUGGAAAUACUGUUCUCUCCAACGCUAUGGACAGCACAGCUAGAAUAUGGGAUAUCCGUCCUUUCUGUGUCGGUGAGAGAUGUGUCAAGGUGUUUAAGGGACACACUCAUAACUUCGAGAAGAACCUCCUCCACUGCGCCUGGUCUCCCGACGGCAGCAUGGUGUCGGCCGGCAGCUCAGACAGGAAUGUCUACGUGUGGGAAGUCGCGUCUAGGAAGAUACUGUAUAAGCUCCCUGGCCACCUUGGAUCAGUGAACGAUGUGGAUUUCCACAAGAUUGAACCUAUCAUCCUCUCCGUCGGCUCUGACAAACAGAUUUAUCUAGGAGAGUUCGAACCUUAAUCGGAACACAAGCUUGGUUUCAAACUCAGAGUGGUGAAAGAUUAAAUCCUAUUAAAAUCAUAAUUUUGAUGAUGUGUAAUUCACUAUAUGGAUGUACAUUGUACCACAAAGUAUAUAGCGUAAAAUGUGUAGUGUAACAGUAUACAAAUGUAUACUGUACUCCGUACAUUUCACUAUACUGUGUACAAUGUGUACUGCAUAUGUACACUGUACACUGUACAAACACUAGUAAAUAAAUCCAAAAACUAAAAACAAUGUUACCAUUUAAGCAGAAGUUUCUUUGUUUUCCUAAACCAAAUUCAAACAUUGGAUUUUGCAGUUAAACAAAUAUUGACAUUUAUAUGUUGCGUCAAUAUUUGGAAUCUUACUCUUUUUGUUUGAAUAAAUUUUUUUGUUGAAAAUG